UACAAAUUAUAUAUAAAGAGAGAGAGAAACUGCUUUCUUUAAAUUCAUUAUCACACAUCCCUUACUAUCAUUUAAAAACAACAAACAAAACAAAAAUGAGAAUUUCUUACUCUAUCAUGUUGAUUGUCGCUGCCGCGUCCCAAAUCAAUGCAGCUGCCACUCCUUAUUCUGCUAGCAAAUGUAUUCUUACCUCCAGCAAUGGUGCAGGUCAAGGCAAUGGAUUUAAAAACUACUGUUGCGAAACUCAAGCUGACUGUAUCGAUGAUUGCGUUAAGGGUGUUUGCGUUGGCCCCAGUGCUCCUUCUGCUUCCACUACUGCUGUUCCCCCUACUCCUACUGACGCACCUGGUACUUGUACACCUGGUUCUAUUGGUCUCGGUAAAGGCAAUGGUUACAAGGGCGCUUGUUGUGAAGACCAAUCUGACUGUAGAGAUGACUGUAUCAAGGGUGUUUGCAAUGGCCCCGUUAACACCAAGACUACUAAGACUACAUCUGCUGCUGCUACUCCCACAGUUACUCCUGGUACUUGUACACCCGGUUCUAUUGGUCUCGGUAAAGGUGAUGGUUACAAGGGCGCUUGUUGUGAAGACCAAUCCGACUGUAGAGAUGACUGUAUUAAGGGUGUCUGCAAUGGUCCUGUAAACACCAAGACUGCUACUGUUACUAAGACUACAACCAAAGCUCCUGCUCCCACUCCCGAUGCCUGUAAAUCUGGCUUCUUUGGUAAGAAGAACGGCAAGGGCGGCGACAAUGCCUGUUGUAAGACUUCCGACGAUUGUAAAGAAAGUUGUCUCAAGGGCCGUUGUGGCCUCGCAUAAACUAUCCACACUCCUUAAAUUAUACGCCAUAUAGUUUUGCUUAAUACAAUAAAUGUUUCAAAUUAUAAAAUUUA